UGGCGCCACAGCUGUUUCGCGUUCUCGGCAGUGGAUGGAUGAAUGGUGAAGAAGAGUAGGCGAGGAAGAGACAUCAUGGCGAAUUGGCGAUGAACAUUGGCUGGCUCCGAGCCUUGUGGGGCUAAGUGGGCCCUCAAGGCGCUUCCGAGGAUGGCAUUCGAUGUCUGCACGGCUCGCGUCGCGUGGUCGCUUUCGCUGCCAUGCUGACAGGGUCGGGAUGGGUUCCACUGCACGGCAAACCGAACCAGCUCGAGUCAUACAUCAAAAAAAGAUUCCGAAUUUGAAAGUGGAAACUUGAGUUUUGGUAGUUAUGUUGCAGAGAAUGAGAGUGUCGUGCUGAUGGAAAAUCUUAGAGUGGUCCAGUGCUGGGAUGGUACCACAGAACAGUUAGCUGGUGAAGGGGGAUGAAUGGCUUCGCUUUCGUGGAUCCAAGAAGCGAACUGUUUUCUCUAAGUGCGAGGUCUUCAUCCAGUUGUUCGUUGUCAAUGCGGGUAUAUAUCUCCGUAGGGUCAUAUUUGUUACCGUGCAAGCGACGUAUCGACAUCUUUGCGGGUGUUGAACAAGCGCAUAAUGUUUCACUGCUCAUGUUAAAGUAGCUUCAGUUGAGUGAAGUUGCCCAAAGAAAAUUUCAGCUAUGGGAUUUUGGGACCUCUUUGUCGUGGCGCUGAUGCCUGUUUUGAAGUUGCUCAUCAUCACGGGAGUCGGUCUAGUACUUGCAUUAGAGCGCGUAAAUCUCCUGGGACCAAAUGCGCGGCACUACCUUAACGAUCUUGUGUUCUAUGUGUUCGGUCCUGCGCUUGUCUGUAGCUACUUGGCGGAGACUGUUACACUGGAAAGCUUGGAGGAACUGUGGUUCAUGCCGGUGAACAUCCUGCUCACAUUCGUAAUCGGCUCGUUGCUUGCUUGGAUAGUUAACAUCAUCGCAAGGACUCCUCAACACUUGCGAGGUCUCGUCAUGGGGUGCUGCGCUGCAGGAAAUUUAGGAAACCUGCUUCUGAUCAUCAUCCCAGCUGUCUGUGACGAGUCGAAUAGUCCCUUUGGAGAUUCGACCACGUGCACCACCAAUGGAGACACUUACACUUCGCUUUCCAUGUCGAUAGGAGCGAUCUAUAUAUGGUCUUAUGUCUAUGUCAUCAUAAGCAUAUCCGCAAAUAAAGGCACAAGUACGCGAGAUGAGAACGGGAGCAGCAUAAAGUCUUCCGGGCAGACGUCGGAAACCCAUGCAGAGAGCACUACCGAACCGCUUCUUCAUUCCAUAACCCUCGAAGAAAGUUCAGCCCCAGUCGAUUCUUCUAUCGUGGAGUCUGAGGAAAAGGAGACUUUCCUCCAGAGAAUUAGGAAGAAGGCUAACAUGCUCACCUGUGGAAUGGAUCUGAAGAUGUUACUUACUCCGAUAACAAUUGGAGCGAUCAUCGGGUUCGUCAUCGGGAUAGUCUCCCCAAUCCGUGAUGUUCUCAUCGGCGACGAUGCUCCUCUCCACUUCAUCGAGAGCUCCAUAUAUUUACUGGGGGAAGCUUUAGUCCCGUCGCAGACUCUCAUAGUCGGAGCGAACCUCCUCAGAGGGCUGCGGAGAUCGGAAGUGAACGUCGUGGUGAUUAUAGGGGUCAUACUCGCGAAAUACGUCGCCAUGCCGAUCAUCGGCGUCGGGGUCGUCAAAGCCGCAUCCCAUUUCGGGCUCGUGGGGUCCGACCCGCUGUUCCAGUUCGUUCUCAUGCUUCAGUUCGCACUGCCGCCCGCCAUGAGCGUUGGUACGAUCACGCAGUUGUUCGGGGCUGGCGAGGGCGAAUGCUCGGUGGUGAUGCUGUGGACUUAUGCCGUGGCAGCUUUCUCGUUGACUCUUUGGUCAACCUUCUUCAUGUGGCUCGUGGCCUGAUUUCUUUUUUUUUUUUUUUUUCUUUUUGCGAAUUUUGUACGCAACUAUUUCAGUAUCUAUUUCGACACCAUUUCGAUUUUUUUCUUCA